UGAAGUGGGAAAGCAUGCUGAUGUUUAUAGUAGGCUACUGCUUUGGAAUCGUGACGAUGGGUACAUUCACGGUUUUCACCAAAUAUCUAGGAAACUGUGUCACAACCUCGACGGUACAAUCCAAAAGAAACGACAUUGUGACUUCUAAAAUCCCCUUUACUUUGAGGGAUCAACUUCCAAAUACCAAAAUGAAGAGAUGCAACUGUUCCGAAGAGAUGGAGGGUAACAUUAACCUUAAGCAAUGGGAGGCAGAUGAGCUGAAUGAAGUUGAAAGUCGACGCCAAGUAGAACUUCAAAAAUUUAAACGCAGAACCAAGUCGUCUAAAGAGACUGUACUUUUGGUGAACGGAUCCGUUCCUCUCAGCUAUCCAGCACACGGAGUGGUCGUAGCCCCAGAAGAAUCGGAAAACAUCCCAGGUUUAAAAGUUGAGGAUGACACCGUACGCGAUGACUAUAAGGUCAAACUUUCGUCAUCUGAUUACGGGGUGUUGGACAUCAGUGCGACAGUGCCCAAGGUUAGCGUUGAAGGCCUGGGUACUACUUUACUGACUAUAAGGAGUAAGUCUCUGGACCAUCUCAACCGGCAGCUGGAGUUUGUGGUGUAUGUUAACACGGUCUUCGACAUAGAUGCUAGGGACUAUGUGCACUUCGUGUAUCUACAGCAUGAAGCAAUUAUCCCUAUCAUGAUUCGUGUAAGGAAGUCACCAAUUCUUUACGACCCCGGAAAAGGUGACAUAAAUGACAAGGUUACCAUUAUCACAAAGACCUUUCUGAGGUAUUCAUCAGUAAGAGUCCUCAUCCAAAGCAUCCAGACAUACUACCCCAAGAUGCGGAUAAUUGUAGCAGAUGACAAUAGCCCUAUCGAGGACCUACAAUCUGAACAUGUAGAUCAUUAUGUCAUGCCUUUUGGAUCGGGCUGGUUUGGUGGUAGAAACCUGGCUGCAUCUCAAGUCACCACACCUUACCUGUUGUGGUUGGAUGAUGACUACGCCUUCCAUGAAGAGACAAAACUGGAGGCUAUGGUAAAAAUCCUCGAUAACAGCAACUUAGACGUGGUUUCUGGAUUACGAGGCAAUAUAAAGUUGCAUGUCACUAAGAUGGCAGUGAUUCCCGGAGUACACGAGGAUGGUGGUUUUUGCAUCUUAAGCGAGAAAGGCAAGAAUUAUGGCCAAGUACCCGGGUUUCCAGACUGCUAUUUCACAACUCGGGUUGUCAACUUCUUCAUGGGUAGAACGGAUGGGGUCCGGUCUGUAGGGUUUUAUCCGGCUUACUCCAGAAAAGCAGACAAAGAGUUUUACUUGGAUGCAUUGGGAAAGCUUCGGAUGGCUGCUUGCAUGGGGAUUCAUAUCCACCACAACCGGACUUGGACCAACGAGUACCAGAAAUACCGACAUGGCAGGGACAUCAAAGACUACCAGAAGUUGCAGAAUAGGAUAAUUUACUUUAGGAACAAUGCAGACUGCUGGCUUACAGUUUGAGAUAAAUGCUCACAUACCUAACCGAGUCCUUUAGGUUUGACCAUGCGCCUUGCAGAGUUUGUUAAGACGUGUACAAUAAAGCUGAAUCUUGCUGUAGCAUGGAAUAUCAAACUUUAUUUCUAACAGACACGAUAAGAUGCUAGUGUAUCUUGAUUUAGCUUGCCUGUCCCGUGACCCUGCUAAUCAAUGUACAGAUUAACAGAGGUCAGGAAUAGGAGACAUUAAAUACAAUAGACCGACAAAAUAUGUCUAAAAUA